AUGAAUCCAAAUUAUAAUUUAAGAUUUUUAAAAAAUGAUAAAUGUGAUAACUUUUUACUUUUAUUUAUUUUUAUAUGUGGAUUUAUUCUUGGUUUAUUACUUAAGUUUUUAAAUUCUUUUAAAAUAAAAGCUGUUAAAGAUGUUUUUGCAAACAUAAAUUUAAAUUGUGACUGUAAAAUGGUUUUUUGUGUUAGAACUGAUAUAAAAAUGAAUAAAGGGAAAAUAUGUUCCCAGUGUUGUCAUGCUUGUUUAUCAGUUUACGAAAAAAUUAUCAAAAGAAAUAAUCAGCUUCAAAAAAAAAAUCUAUCAAAAAACUGUUCCAGUUAUUUCGAAAUAUGGAAAAAAACGGGACAAAAAAAAAUAGUUCUUAAAAUAUCAAGUUUAGAAGAAAUGUAUGAAAUAGAAAAAAAGGCUCAAAUGGAAAAUCUAUUAACUUCCAUAAUUAUUGAUGCGGGAAGAACCCAAAUAGAUCCAAAUACACCAACAGUUAUUGCUAUUGAACCAGUCCCUGAUGAAAUAGUAAAUAAAAUAACAGGACAAUUAAAGCUUUUAUAG